UGCAGCAUACCUCCUGCAGCAUUACACUGAAUGAGAGUUGGGACGGGGAUGUCAAAGAUGACAUUGAAAUGGUUCUGAAUCGUUUGAUUCCGGAGAAAUUGAACUACAAGCACUCUUGCGAGGGUCCCGACGAUAUGGUCACACAUAUCCUCUCCAAUUUCUCUCUCCUCUCUUUUCUCUCCCAAAAGCCAGCUCACGCUAAACACGCUAUUCUAAGCGGUUCCAAUGUAACCAUUCCCAUUACUGACGGCAGAAUGAAUUUGGGAACGUGGCAGGGUGUCUGGUUCAUCGAACACCGAAAUCAGAAAUGUAGAGGGCAGCACCUGCACCUAGAUGCGAGCGCUUUCUUCUCAGUUGUUGAGGAUGAGAAGGAUGGAGUCGCCGUGAACGCAUGGACGGAAUAG